CUGUUUACUUGCUAAAUCUCAUUUUCCCUCUCAUUCUCAUUCCAUAUCAACCCCACCCCACUUGCGCCAAUUCUCUUCGUUGCCCACUGCACCUUGCAGCUUUUUCUGUGCAUGCUCUUAAGCUAAUUCAUACCAUCAUCCUGUACAAUUGCCAUUUGUUUCUCUUCUCCCGAUUUCAUUACUCUGUGACAUCAACUAUAAAAAAAGAAUGGCAGAGGUUGAUGUAAGCAAUGAAAUGCAGUCAAGAGAAGUGGAGGAAGAAGCAGGAAAAACUGGAGCAGAUGAAGAAGAUACAGGAGCUCAGAUUGCCCCUAUUGUUAAACUAGAGGAAGUUGCAAUCACAACUGGAGAGGAGAAUGAAGAUGUCCUUUUUCAUAUGAAAUGUAAGCUGUAUCGAUUCGACAAGGAUGGUAAUCAGUGGAAAGAAAGAGGAGUUGGUACAGUAAAGCUGUUAAAGCACAAGGAAACUGGAAAGGUCAGACUUGUCAUGAGGCAGGCCAAAACCUUGAAAAUUUGUGCCAAUCAUUUAGUUCUUCCAUCAAUCAGCAUACAGGAGCAUGCUGGAAAUGAAAAAUCGUGUGUCUGGCAUGCCACUGAUUUCUCAGACGGUGAGCUUAAGAAGGAACUUUUCUGCAUUCGAUUUGGCACGUUGGAGAUUGCUAAGAAAUUUAUGGAGAUGGUUGAAGAAAUUGCUGAAUACCAAGCCAGAAAAUCUGAGGAGGAAGAUGAAGCUGCUAUAGCCUUAAAGGGCUUGAAGAUUGGAGAUCAAAAUGAUAAUUCCAAAGAAGUCAAAGAGCAGUUCAAAGAAAAUGUAAAAGAAGAGGACUUGGAAGGAGAGAAGCAAGAGACCAAAGGAGAAGAGAAGGAAGUGGAGAAUUCAGAGGUCAUAGGAGAAGAGAAGGAAGUGGAGAAGUUGGACGUCAGAGGAGAAGAGAAGGAAGUGGAGAAGGCAGAGACAAAACCAGAAGCAAAAGUGAAAGAACAUGUAGAGCCAAAAUAGGAACCUCGAUUUUGGUGUGCUUCUAUAAGCUUGUUAUGUUUGAUCUGCCAGAAAGGAGGAAUUUUGUAUUUGAUUGUACCAGAGGCUAUAGUUUUUUAUGUGAGAAAAGCAUAUGAGCUUUCUGUAUAGGUUAUUAUUUGCUGUGAUGUUAUGGUGACAAAUAAUCAUUAAAAGGUCAGGGCUCAGGGUUGUCAAAGUCUUAAGGGUAACAGUUUGCUUCUUUGUUUCUAUUUAUAUUAAUCUAUUCUAGGGUUCUUGACAGAUAAUAUAAAUCUAUCCAUUAUUGCCGUGUUCAA